CCAUUACUGCCUGGCUGUGCUGCUAAGAGGGGAGGGAGCACACAGAGCCAGGUUUCGGCUUUCAACGCAUACCACACUAAGCUCACCAAAAUACACUAAAAUACGGGCUAACCGGGCUUGUGGGACUACAGCGGACUACACCUCCAACUAAACCUGACUUCGGAUUUUGUUGGAUGCUUCCGGUGACCGCGGAUUGUGGAUUGUAUAAAGAGUUUUGAUUGCCUUUUAAUGUAGGAAUGCUUUCUCCUCUUCUCCGUGGUAUGUGGAUCUGGGAGCGACCAUGUUAUUAGGCAGGUGAUAAAAGGAGAUGUGGGCUGCUCUAUCCCAGCUUGAAUAAGAUCCAGGAUAGAAACGGGGAGCUAUACAGAGAGAAUCAUUCACUGAAACUGAGGGAAAAUGAAAAUGAAGGUACCUCUGGAUCACUGACAAGCAGAACUGGGAUGAUAUCAUGACCUUUUCUUCCUGAGAGUAACUAGGUUAGCAAUGAGUGGGGGGAUAUAAUGGCCAAGAACAAGGAUGCACGCCCCCCGACAUUCGCCGUCAGCGUGGUUGGCCUCUCGGGGACGGAGAAAGAGAAGGGGAAUUGUGGCGUGGGGAAGUCCUGCCUAUGCAACCGAUAUGUGCGUCCUGAUGCAGAUAACUACUACUCGGAGCACACCUCAGUACUCAGCACAAUAGACUUUGGUGGUCGUGUGGUUAACAAUGACCACUUCUUGUACUGGGGGGAGGUGUCUCAUCGAGGGGACGAGGGGUUGGACUGUAAAAUCCAAGUCAUUGAACAGACGGAGUUUAUCGAUGACCAGACGUUUCUUCCACAUCGGAGUACGAACUUGCAGCCGUACACAAAACGGGCAGCAGCAACCAAGCUCCAGUCAGCAGAGAAGCUUAUGUACAUCUGCACAGACCAGCUGGGCUUGGAGCAGGACUUUGAUCAGAAGCAGAUGCCUGAUGGGAAGCUAAACAUCGAUGGCUUUUUGUUGUGCAUUGAUGUUAGUAAAGGUUGCAACAGGAAGUUUGAUGACCAGAUUAAGUUUGUCAAUAGCCUUUACUCUCAAAUUGUCAAGUCAAAGAAGCCUAUUGUUGUUGCUGCCACAAAAUGUGAUGAGUGUGUGGACCAGCACCUGAGGGACCUGCAGGCCUUUGUUGCCAGCAAGAAGAACCUGAUGCUAAUUGAAACGUCAGCGCGAUCCAAUGUCAACAUAGAGCUUUGCUUCAACUCCCUAAUCCAGCAGCUGGAUAAAACAAGAGGGAAACCGAAAACUGUGCCAUACCUGGAGGCCUAUAAAAUCCAACGACAACUUGUUGCCUCAGUAUCGGAUAGAUUUGAGAAAUUGAUGGUACACUCAGUGAGAGAUUAUCACAUCACGUGGAAAACUGUGAUAAAUAAUCUAAAGGGGCAGCCUGACUAUGAUGAGUUCAUCACCUUGGAGGGGACCAAGAAGGCCCGCAACAUGUUCACAAAGCACAUUGCACAACUGAAACAGGAGCACAUUAAGAGGAGAAGGGAGGAGUAUCUGACAACGCUGCCAAAAACCCUUAACAACAUCCUCAAUAAUCUGGAUGAGAUUGAACACCUUUCUUGGCCUGAGGCACAGAGUGUGAUCCGGAACAGGCCAGAUUUCCAGUACUGGUUUAUCAUACUGGAAAAUACACCGUGGGAUGAGACGGACCACAUUGAUAACAGUGACCGUAGGAUACCCUUUGACCUUCUCGACACACCUGAUGGUGAGAGAAUUUACCAUAACCAUGUCCAGCACCUUCUCUCUGAGAAGAGAAGGGUGGAGAUGAAAGAGAGGUUCAAGAAGACACUGGAGAGGGUUCAUUUUAUCACUCCGGGGCAGCCUUGGGAGGAAGUCAUGUGCUUUGUCAUGGAGGAUGAGGCCUACAAGUACAUCACAGAAUCAGAUAGGAGGGAUGUUUACUGUAGGCACCAGCAGGAAAUAGUUGAAAGGGCGAAAGAGGAUUUUCAGGAAAUGCUUUUUGAGCAUGCCGAGUUAUUCUAUGACUUGGACCUGAAUGCAACCCCCAGCUGUGACAAGAUGACUGAAAUUCACAGCGUAUUGAAUGAGGAGCCCAGAUACAGAGCGCUGCAGAAACUUGCCCCAGAUAGAGAGUCGCUCCUCCUCAAACACAUUGGGUUUGUUUACCAUCCCACUAAGGAGACAUGCCUGAGCGGGCAGAACUGCGUGGAUCUGAAAGUGGAGCAGGUUUUAGCAAACAGGCUGGUGCAGCUCGACCACGGACGCUCUAAUCUUUACUAUACCAGUGCCAACAUUGAUAAGAUAAACCUCUGCCUCCUGGGAAAGGAGGGUCUUUCACAGGACCUAGCCAAUGAGAUCCGAGAUCAAUCUACAGAUGAUGAGUACACUCUAGAUGGUAAAAUCUAUGAACUGGAGCUUCUUCCUGUGGAUGUCAACUCCACUUUGCUCUUCAGCCACACGUGGGUUACCACAUUUAAGCCACAUGGCUGCUUUUGUGUCUUCAACUCAAUAGAGUCGCUUAACUCUAUUGGCGAUUGCAUAGGCAGGAUAAGAGCGGAGAUAGCACAGAGUCGGCGUGAUAGAUUUGCUCAACCACUCCCUUUCAUUCUUAUCCUGGCAAAUCAGAGAGACAGUGUUUGCAAAAACAUACCUAUCCUGAGACACCAAGGUCAGCAACUAGCAAACAAAUUGCAGUGCACCUUUGUCGACAUCCCCUCUGGAGCCUUUCCUCGUAAAUUCACAGAGUUUCAAAUUAAGCAGGGUCUCAGAGCAGUCCUGGAGGGGCUAAAGCAUAACUUUGAAGUCUUGGCCCCACUGCCAUGUAUCAAAGACAUGUCAGAGAUGGACCUUAGAAUAGUCAUGUGUGCCAUGUGCUGGGAUCCCUUCAGCGUUGACCUCAUCCUCUCGCCUUUUCUAGACUCACAUUGCUGUAGUGCUGGGCAGCCUGGUCAGAGCAACACACUGAUACUGGACAAAAUCAUCGGGGACAGCAGGAGGAGGAUCCAGGUCACCAUCCUCUCCUACCACUCUGCCAUUGGUGUCCGCAAAGAUGAACUGGUGCAUGGUUACAUUUUGGUCUACUCUGCCAAACGCAAAGCUUCCAUGGCAACCCUGCGGGCAUUCCUGGCAGAAGUCCAGGAUGUUAUCCCUGUGCAGAUGGUGGCAAUCACAGACAGCCAGGCAGAUUUCUUUGAGAAUGAUGCCAUCAAGGAGUUGAUGACCGAGGGGGAGCACAUUGCCACAGAGAUUGCUGCCAAGUUUACGGCCCUCUAUUCACUGUCACAGUAUCAUCGGCAGACCGAAGUUUUUACCCCCUUUUUCAAUGAAGUGCUGGAGAAGAAGCCGAACAUUGAGAGUUCCUUUCUGUUUGACAGCUCGUCACGUGAGUGCACCACAGGAGCCAGUGAAGAUGUCUUCCCCACCUCUCCCCAUAGCCACUCCCCAGCUUAUAACACUUAUUACCCAGAGUCUGAUGAUGACAAUGAGGCCCCCCCACCUUAUAGUCCAAUAGGUGAUGAUGUUCAACUUCUGCCUACACCCAGUGAGCGGGCCAAAUACCGCAUCGACCUUGAGGGGAAUGAGUACCCAGUGCAUAGCACACCUGUCGGAGACCAUGAACGCAACCACAAAGUGCCUCCACCUGUCCGCCCCAAACCAGCUCUCCCCAGGCCUAAUGUCAAAAAGCUGGACCCUAACCUGCUCAAAACCAUUGAGGCUGGUAUGCGAAGUAACCGAAGAAUGCCACGUGCCCCAGUGAUGCACACUGAAGAUGUGGAGGCGUCAGACAACUAUGCAGACCCUGUGGACACUCUACUUAGAUCCAGGGGGUUCCACAAUGAUGACAUAUAUGCUGUACCUGAAGACGCACACAGCCGCUUGAUCAAAAUAAAGAACUCCUUUGGUGGGUUACAUGGUCUCCACGGAGGAGGAGAGGAAGAGAAUGGAUUUGAUCGGAAAUCUCAGCCUGGAAGGCGGCCGUCAAAAUACAAACAUCGUUCAAAAAUCCUUUUCAGUAAGACAAAGGCCUACCAAAGACGUUUCCACUCAGACAGUGACGGGGAGGAGACUGGCCCGGCCACUCAGAAAAAGAAAAACAGAAGAGCUCAUCGGGGCAGCGAGGAAGACCCGCUGCUCUCUCCUGUCGACCCCUGGAAGAGUGGGAUUGAUAAUCCUGCAAUCACCUCUGACCCAGAGCAGGAGGACAAGAAGAUAAAAAAGAAGAAGACACCCAAGACGCCAAAGGAACCGAAGAAGCCGAAAUCCUCCAAGCCCCCCAAACCGCUGUACCCACCCACUCGGAGAACCUGGGAGAGCAACUACUUUGGCGUUCCCCUGCAGAACCUGGUGACCCUGGACCGCCCCAUCCCACUCUUCAUUGAGAAAUGUGUCGACUACAUUGAGCGCACAGGUCUGACGACAGAGGGCCUGUAUCGUGUCAGUGGGAACAAGACCGACCAGGACAACAUUCAGAAACAGUUUGAUCAAGAUCACAGUAUUGACUUUGUGGCGAUGGAUGUGGCGGUGAACGCUGCCGCUGGAGCGCUCAAGGCUUUCUUUGCUGACCUACCCGAUCCGCUGAUCCCAUACAGCUUGCACCCAGAGCUGGUGGAGGCUGCAAAAAUCAUGGACUACAUGGAGCGUCUACAGGCACUACGGGAGAUUGUGAAGAAGUUUCCUCCCAUCAACUACCAAGUCUUCAAAUAUAUCAUCACACACCUCAACAGAGUGAGCCAGCAUAGCAAAACAACCUUGAUGACGGCCGACAAUCUGUCCAUCUGCUUCUGGCCUACGCUCAUGCGACCCGACUUUGAGAACAAGGACACGCUGUCGACCACCAAGCUGAACCAGGCCGUCAUCGAGUCCUUCAUUGUACAGAGCGACUACUUCUUCCACGGCGGCGAGGUGGCCGAGAGCUCCAGCAGCGAAGGGACGCCGCCACCGCACUGCCACAACAUGGUGGAGGCCCUGCUGCCAUUGCAGCUGCCUCCGCCUUUGCAGCCGCAGCAGAUCCAGCACAGCCUGCCCCCUGACCCGCUCAUCUAAGAGACAGAGGAGCGCGCUGGGAAGUGAAGCAGGGGGAUUGUUUGCCCGCGCUGCCAGCUGCUUCUGGCCGACAGUUGCCUGAAGGUCGUCUUCAACUCUACAAGUUGCUGGUGGGCUGAUAAAAUGGAAAAUAAAGCAACCUGGUCGGUGAUUUUUCUUUUUUUUUUUUCCUUUUUCUUUUUUUGGGUGGGGGGGAUUCAUCAGCUGCUGUUUGUCAUCGACGCUGAGCUGAAUGAGCUUCGGGGGUUAGAGACGCAUCGACCGUUUGUUGGAUCAAACCUAAUCUGUGAGACCUGCUCAUCCUGUGAGAUAAAUCCUGGAUUAGUGAAUUUCAAUCGCACGUCACCUUUUGGAACUAAUUUUUCCAUCUGACUGCCCCUUUCAUGACACAGAGGCUGAAAACAGUGAACGAGCUGCUUUGAUUUGGCACAUAGUGACAACACUAAUUGUUCAGAGUCAGACUGAGACUCUGGAUUCUGGGACACGUUUGGGGUGAAUAAAAAUUACCCUACUACCUUCACCCUGACGGAAUAGCACAUUGGGGUCCCCAUUAAGCCCCACCCUCCUGAUCCCUGCUUUUAGAUAAGAGAAAAGGGAAGUUAAAUCCUUGCGACUGCAACUCAAAUGUGAAAAGAUCUGAUUCUCGCUGAUUGGUUGACUCAUUAGCUCUAUGACUGAAUGGCUAUCUGACUAACACACAUGCUGAAUGUGAGGAUUUCAGUCUUCCUGCAGAUUUCAGCACAGGAAAACAUUUCUUCUUCUUAUGUUUGACCCUGUUCAUAAUAGGAAAGGGGGGGGGUCAACAAGACACUCAAAGUCAAACACACUCAUGGACAUGAGGUGCAGUCGAAGCCUUGCAGAGGUGUUUUUAAGUUUCAGUGAGGUGGGAGGUGGAAUGCUCUCUCUUUUAAAUACUAAAUGACUCCCUUCCCACUACAUGAACUUUGACCCUCAUAAAGGACAGCACAUGCACGAUUUGUGUCAAAGAUCCACAUGCCAAUUUCGUGUCUGUUUACUUAGCUUUUUUCAUCAUUUCUUUCUUUCUUUCUUUUUUAUUAAAUAUUUUUUGUAUCGUCAGAUUUCAACCCAGCUUGUGUGUUUGUGUGUUAUGAUGCUGAUGACGUGUGUGAAGGUGUAUCUGUGUGAACUGACCUGUGGUCUGUUUGUACCUUCUCUACAGAGGGAAGGGUGGGAUUCAGAAGGGAAAAGGGACAGAAAAUGUGGACUUAUGGAUCUGUGAUGCUCUGUAUGAGAGAUUCUUCUGGCUAACUGUUGCUGAGUGUCUCUGUUAAUGCACCGCCUCUUAACCGGAAGGGACGACAACCCCUCGACGAUGGCACAUGAGUAAGGAAACCACUACGUUGCGAUGCAUUCUGGACCGGUUUGGUUCAAGGAGGCGUCUUCCAUGUUGGCUAACUUCCUGGAGGAUGCAUCCCGCCUUUUCAUUUCCAUGUUUUCAUUCUCCUGUUUCUGUUGGUUUGUUGAAAUUUGCAUGUCUCUGUUUUUGCCACUUAGUGAAAAAAAAGAGCUUUAAAGUUAAAAAAAAAAAAAAAAAAGAGAGAGAGAGAAAAGAAAUCAAACUCUAAAUGAGCUCCUGUUCAGAUUUGCAUUGCUGUAUCUGAAUCUCUUUGGGUUAAGGGGAACAUUUCUACAGAAAAACAAAUUUUUUGCAUUUGUUCCUUUUCCGCCAUGCAAGAAAUCAACACUUAAUAUCAUAUUUUUGGUUAUAUAGUUUUCCCUAAAUAGAGGAAAGAAGUAUAUAUAAGUAUAUAUAAAUAUAUAAAAAAUUAUCAGCAGCAAAGGUUGCUGAUUUAGUGAACUACCACGGGGUACUGGACUAUAAUCUGUCAGAAGCUAUAAUCAUAUUUCUUUGUGGUUUGGGUGGUGUGCGAGUGUGAGUGAGAGAGUGAGCGCGUGUGUUUACGGAGGGGAAGGGAGUGGGUUUGAUAACAGAUGGUUAGUUUUUAACUCCUCUGGCCUGUCCAACACACAGAAACAUCUCUCAUUGCUUUCUUCCUCUGUGACACUGAGGGAGACGAAGGCACAAAAACUGAGCAUAUCUUUUCUGAAACAUAAAGCCCUGUUGAUACUCUGCAAGAGGAUGUUUGACUUCUUAUUUCCAGCUUCCUGUCCAUCUGGAUCUAAACACUCCCGUCAGCUGUAGAAUCAUUUUAACCUGUAAACUUUUCCAUUAAAUGAAAUGUUACAAGUUGGUAACAAUUUGAAAUAAUUCUCAUGAAGUGAAUAAUUAAGUUUUUGAAGGUAAAUAUUGCACUUUUGUUACAUUACAAAUAGGUAAUAAUAAUUUGCCAGUAUAAGAUCGCUAUGUACUACAUAAUACUUAAGGUAUUUAAUAAAGUAAGAGUAUUUUUGUUGUGGGGGUAUCACUACUAAAUCUAAAUACAUCGACCACUGCUGACGUGUUGGAAAGAAUAAAGAAAAUGGUGACAGCAUUGGCAUAAUUCCACUUUUAAUGAGUACAUGGCAUUUAACAUUUUUAUAGAGCACAGUUGUUUCUUACAAACAAGUAACGAGUGGAUUAUUUGUUAUUACCAAAUAACAUCUUUUCAGGUAGUCUCCUAAAUCAGCCCCUAAAAUGCUUAUUUAGUCUGUAAUUAUAAUCUCUUUAUUAAAGGUACUCUCAAUUAGUUUAUCUAUUUAUACACAAUAAUAUGUAAAUAUUUGUUUUGUGUGUGUUACAAAGCUAUCCAGAUGUGUCAUUUGUGGGAUGACAUCAUCUCUAGGCAGGUUAAUCUGCGGCAGACGGAUUCAGAUGGACAGAAACUUCUUUUAUUCGGCAGAAAUGAAGUCAGUUUAAAAGCAGCAGCCAAAACUCGCCUGGCACAGAGUGGAUGUCGGUGUAGGUACUGAACUGAAAAUGUCUAUUUUUAAAGGGUUUUACUGUGGUGAACCUGAGACCGCCAUUCUGUCCUUGCAGACGUUUUUCCCCUGAAAUUUCAACCUCACGUUGCGACUGCUGCUCCUCUGAUCAUUUUAAAUUCACUUUAUCAUCCAGCAGCGAUCUGUUUUUGGUUUCAUUUAUAAUUUAACCCACGUUUAUGAACUUCCUCUGCACUUUCUGCUGCCUUCUCAGAUGCUACAACCUGAUAUUAUCCCUCAGACAGAGUGCACCGUACACAGAGUGCAUUGCUGCGUGUAGAGGGGACGUGAUGAAGGGCAUCAUCACACAGCAUUUUUCUCCCAUCUUUGAUGCAGCUUUUGGUACUGGGAUGUUCAGCCUGGUUCUAAUGAAAAGGCUUAGCAAAAACAUCCCAGAAGUUCUCCGAAAGACUGAAAAGUGUCAGAAUGAACGUCAGCAUUGAGAGAUGAAUCCAGCGGUUAUAAAACAAAUGUUUGGUCCCAACUGUCUCCUGCUCUGUGGUUUCAUACACUCAACAAUGGUUCACUGCAUUGUAUCAAUUCUCAGAAAUUCAGCCUCAUUAUUUUUCAAUCAGUGCUGAAAUAAUUACUCUGUUUUCAGAAAUAUUUUAAUCGCUGAAAUUUUAUCUGCUACAGUUUGAAAUUUGUGCAAUUAAUUAAUAAUGUCAUGUUUUUAAUUGUGGAGUAUUUGACAGGACAGAAAUUUUAAAGGUUAUGCAACCAACUGAACCAACUUAGAGGGUUGGUUUUGUGUAUGACCUUGAGAUAAAACCCUGAAGGGAAAGGAAGAGAGCCAAAAGCCCGUCUAACCACGCCACAGGUCUGAUUGAGAGGGCACUUUGAAGGAGACCUGCGUCUAUAAUGGGACCUGCUGCAGACAAAUAUUUUCUUCUGAAAUGUGAAUGAUGGUGUUAAAGGUGAAUUAGAGGAAGACAAUUUUCCAAGGGGAAGCCAAACCCUCACUUCAAGAUUUUAUGGUGUUGGACAGAGGAGGGUUUUGAAGGGCGAGUGAGUCGUGAGGGUGGGAGUGAGUGUGCGAUUGUUUCAGGGGCAGGGUGGAGGGAGGGUGGGGCUCAGCUGCUAGAUGAUAUAAGACUAAGCUGUUCGUCUGUAGUUUUCCAUCAAUCAAUCGACUCUUUGUUUAUUUUACCGUUUUUUUUUUCGAUAAGAUCUGCCUUCAUCCAAUCACACCGGUGUACAAACCAACUGACUUUUAACAUCCGCUGUAUUAUAGUAAAUAAAAAUGAUUUUCAGAAAUGGAAAAACUCUAAAAGAUUUUUUUUCUUUGUUUGCGCUCCAUAAUGUUUCCAAAUAAAGAUUCUUUUUUUUUUC